AUGAUGCCCGUCACCAGUGCAGUCUUCAUGCUGCUCGCUGCGGGACUAUGCACCAGCGUCCCACCGCCUGAUACGACUGAUAUGCUGCAAUCCAACAAGGUCAACGACCCAGCGAUCAGCUCUGAGUCAUGUAUCACCUCAGCAGAACCACUCUUGAUGGACAUGUCUGAACUCGAAGGCUCUGAGGAUCCCACCAUCACAACUGCAGUGUACACCCCAGCGAUCGCCACGGAUGUAUCAACGACCCUGGCACACGCUGAAAAGUCUGCCUUCUCCCAGUUCUGCAUCACGAAGAUCAGCUCCUCCGGCAAGCAAGACAAGAAGUGCUUGAAACAGGACAAAUGCAGUGCGACCUCCGACCCAUUCUAG